AUGCCCAGAAGUGAUCAAAGAACGACGAGAAUGGUGAGAACGGAGAGGGAACCAACUGGAUUGCUGAUUGAUUCUGCAAGGAAACUUAUUGUCUCCCACAUUCCAGAAGAUUCAGCUGAUGACAGGAGAGAAGCAUUGCUUAGAGCAAGCAAUCUUGCAUUGGCAAGGGGAAUGACAACAGUUGUUGACAUGGGAAGAUAUCUUCCAGGGGGGUCACCAGAUCUUUCUUGGGAGGAUUUUUCAGAUGUCUAUCAAUGGGCAGAUUCAUUGUUGAAAAUGAAAGUUCGAGUUUGUCUAUUUUUUCCAUUGGAGACAUGGUCACGUUUAGCUGAUCUUAUUAACAAAACAGGCCAUGCCCUGAGCCAAUGGUUAUACUUGGGUGGUGUCAAAGCGUUUGCUGAUGGGUCUUUGGGUUCCAGUAGUGCGUUAUUGUAUAAGCCGUACAUUGAUGGGCCUGGUAACUAUGGCCUGCAAGUGACGGAUGCUGAAGUUCUUCUCAAUUUGACCUUGAAAUCAGAUCUGUCUGGUCUUCAGGUUGCAAUUCAUGCUAUAGGGGACAAAGCAAAUGACCUGAUCUUGGACUUGUAUAGUUUAGUAGCUUCUACGAAUGGAAUGAGAGAUCGAAGAUUCAGGAUUGAACAUGCCCAACAUUUGGCAUCUGGAACUCCCAGUCGAUUUGGCAAACAAGGAGUCAUUGCGUCUGUACAGCCAGAUCACAUAUUAGAUGAUGCUGAAUCUGCGGGCAGAAAGCUUGGCAAGGAUAGGGCUGAAAGGGAGUCGUAUUUAUUCAAGUCACUCUUAGAUGGCAAUGCAUUGCUGGCAUUUGGUUCUGACUGGCCAGUGGCAGACAUAAAUCCCUUGAGUGGUAUUAAGACAGCGAUGACAAGAAGGCCUCCCACUUGGGAAAAAUCAUGGAUUCCAUCAGAGUGCAUUUCAGUAGAGGAUGCAAUAAAGGGGUACACCAUUUCCGCUGCUCGUGCUAGCUUCCUUGAAAAUCAUGUGGGGUCCUUGUCCCCAGGAAAAUUCGCAGAUUUUGUCAUAUUAUCUACUGAUUCAUGGAAAGGAUUUGCUGAAGAAGCAUCUGCAUCAGUUGAGGCAACAUAUGUUUCUGGUGUUCAGGCAUAUCCUUGAAAACUACAAUGCUCGGUCUCUUUCGAUAAGUUCUACUCUUAGUUCUAUAAAAAUACGUGUAACGAGCUAGCGUCUUCCAGAUCAAUUAUGAAUGUUAAAUACUUUUCGAUAGGUGGAUAAAGGUCUUUCAUUUAUUUUAUUAUUUUUGCGUCCCUUUUAUCUAAAGUAUUUUUACAAUAGAGGGCAUGAGGAGUUGGUUAACUUCGUCAUCUUCUUUCUGAGAAUCUUCAGGACAUCAUGUUCAUAUUUUGGUCUUGAAUCCGCACGCACUUCUUGAGGCUCCUCUGGAAUUUCUUCGUGAUCUACAAAAUUAUCCUCAUUAUCGUCAUCUAGAUUUUUCUUUGGAUCCUCUUCCUCAAAAGAUUCCUCUUUAGGAUUGGAGUCCUCUUCUAGAGGUUCCUCUUCAGCAUCAAAGUCCUCUUCUAGAGGUUCAUCUUCAGCAUUAGAGUUCUCACUGAAAGGCUCAUAUUUUAGUUUAGAACUAUUUUCAUUAAGAGGAUCAUAUUUUAGUUUAAGAUUGUCUAGAUACUCUAUGCUUACAAAAAAAAAAAAAAAAAGUCAAUUUUCAGUGCUCCUAGAAGCAAGUUGCUUCAUUUUUACUUAAAACAAAAAAUAAUAUUAAUUUAAAAAAAAUUAGGGUGUAGUGAAAACCGAACAAAACACUAUGCAUCCAAGGCACAAUACAACAUUCUCCCUUCUUAUUUUUUUUAAAUAAAUAUUAUUUUUUCUU